UUUUUUUCGUUCUUUUGUUCAUCCUUAUUUCUUGUAUUUUUAUAUCCAUUUUUACAACAUUUCAGUUACUUUUAACAUUUAACUUUACAUCCCAGUUUGCUACUAAAUUCACUUGUGUGUUUUAUAAUCAAUGCUAAUGGGAAAAAACAUAAAAGUAUGCUACAGGGCAAAACAAAUAAGGAUGAAACAGAACAAACACAUUUGUAAGAGCGCCUAUUAUGAAUAUAUAUGGGAAAGUAUCUCAUGCUGUAAAAGUAUUAGGCUUUGUCCUUUGCAGACCCACCCAAUUUAUGUCUUCAAUUUGAGUUGAGAUGUUAUCACUUUUCAGUUGUACUUUGACCCCAUAGGCCUACCUUAUCAGUGACUUUUAAGUGAGCUAAAUCAUAACUCACCAAGUAGAAAAAGACCACACACUGAGUAAACACACUCGAAGGCUGAGUAGGAACACAGCUUCAGUGUUAUCGAGAAAGAGUCUCUGCUGUCAAAAAUGGGUCAGAAAAGUUCCAGAAUUCUUGAAGCUCGAGUCUUGCUUUUAGGUCUAGACUCGGCGGGGAAAUCUACCACCCUCUACAAAUUAAAGUACGAUCAACCAUUUUCUACAGUGCCUACCAUUGGAUUCAACGUGGAAAUGAUUGAUACAAAGAAAAAUAGGAGAAAAUUGGCCUUAACGGUGUGGGACAUUGGCGGACAAAAAACUAUGAGGCCUCACUGGAAAAAAUUCUACCAGGACACCGCGGGAUUAAUCUUUGUUGUUGAUUGCUCUGAUAGGGAGCGCUUGAAUGAGGCACGCAAGGAGUUUGAGCACAUUCUUAGAAGUGAACAGCUAAGGGGACUUCCUGUUGUGAUUUUUGCCAAUAAACAGGAUAUUCCUGGAUCUAUGACAGUAGGAGAGAUCACUGAGAAGUUCAAUAUGGUUAAGAUUUGCAGCGACCGAGACUGGUAUGUUCAGUAUUGCUCAAGUUCUACCGGAGCCGGAUUGGAAGAGGGAUUCCGAAAAAUGGCGCAUCUUGUGAAACUUUCAUCGGCGGACACCAUGAAGAACACAGUUAAAUAUUUGAGCUCCAAGUCGAUCAAACCAUUUAAGUCAUAGCUUAGUGGUUAUUGUGGCACUCAAAACUGUACCCAGGAUGUACGCAUGUAUGUAUGAUUAUAAUUUACAUUGGUAGCAGGUCAACAAACGUACUUAUGUGUGUUCAUCUCAAGACUCGAAAUAAUUCAAACCAAACUUUUGUUCCAAUACAGUGCAGUUUAGAGACCAUCCUGCAAUACUGCAUGGUUGGUGUUUAGGAUGUCCUGCAGCACUUACCAACUCUUUUUCCCCAUUCUGAGAGAUUUAAUGGAGGCCAGAGUUGGCCCCUAUUACCACAGUAGUGUAUUUACAUCAAAUAGAAUGAUAUUCAGACUAAGGACUAAGUUGUACAGUUCUGAGUCACAGCAGACAAAUACUAGAUGUUGUAAACAUUGUCUUAGCCCUUUGGCCCUGUGCUCUAUCUGAAGUCAAAUGUAACAGGUGUUUUUCUAAAAAAAAUGUAUUCUGGAGCUGUAAUAUACAAGCCUACAAGUCAUUAAUUAAAAUAAAAUUAAUGAAAAAGCA